AUGGAGACAGAUGGAAGGACAGGUCUAAAUGUGCAGAAAAAAGGAAUCGCGGAGCAACCAGUCCCUGAAAAACCACCAUCAAACAACCCAGAGGAAGAGGAUCUGGAGGGCAAAGACAUGCAGAAGGAGGCACUGAACAGGCGCAAUGGCUGGGAGCCCAGUGUCUUCUACUCCCUUGGCAACGAGACCUUUUCCUUCACCGGGCAGGAGAUCAGCAUCCGAGAAUCGCUCGACUCUUUUGGCGCCGUCAUCUGGCCAGGCGCUGUGGCUCUCUGUCGGUAUUUGGAGAAGAACCAGGAACAGGUUGAUCUGCUGGAUAAAGCAGUGCUGGAACUUGGAGCGGGAACAGGACUGGUGUCCAUAGUGGCAAGUUUUCUAGGUGCCUGGGUCACAGCCACAGAUCUGCCCGAUGUCUUGCCAAAUCUGAACUUUAACCUUUCGCGCAACACACGGGGCCGCUGCAGGUACACACCUCAGGUGGCGGCUCUGACCUGGGGUCAGGAUGUGAAACGAAACUUUCCCAGCUCUGUCUACCAUUACAACUAUGUGCUGUGUACAGACGUGGUUUAUCAUCACAACUUUCUGGAAGAUCUACUGAUCACCAUGCAGUACUUCUGCGAGCCAGGAACCACCGUACUGUUGGCAAAUAAGGUGAGAUUCCAAUCUGACCUGCGUUUCAUUGAAAACUUCAAAAAUGUUUUUAACGUUACAUUGCUGGAAGAGAUCCCACAAGAGGAGGUAAGGAUCUACAAGGCCACUGCAAGGAAGUGAGCCCAAAUGAGAGAGAAAGAGAAGAGAGAGAACCGACAACAUGAUGUGUAGCAAGAAAUGUAUUCGACUUGAGAGAUUAUACAUGAAAUGAGUCCAGCAGCCCCAAUAUUGAAUGGAAGGUGCUCCACCUGUUGGCCAUCUAUGAAGUUACAAUAAAUGACAGCUGAACCU